AUGGACAGCUCAGAGAAGAGAGACAUAACUCCCCAACCCUCCUCGGAGGGGGAUGCCAUAUCAACCGACAAGAAGGACUUGCCUCGUGACGAGAAAGAUAACUACGAUGUCGAAGUUCUCAAGUCAGAGCCUACUAGGCCCCUCGAGACCGCGGAAGAUAUCGUCACGAAUGUCAUCCACGUCGAUGAUGAUCCUACUAUGAACCCAUGGACAGUCCGCAUGUUCGUCGUUGGUAUCGGGCUGUCAGCAUUCGGUGGUGUCCUACAAGAGAUCAUGUACUUCAAGCCUCAAGUCGUGUAUGUAUCAGUUAUGUUCUUAACCGUCCUUGCCGAAACCCUCGGCACUGGCUUGUCGUACAUCAUCCCUCGAAAAGGCGCCAUUGGUCGUUUCCUCAACCCUCACCCAUGGAACAGAAAGGAGCACACUGCAGCUGUCCUCAUGGCAUCCGCCGCAUCGGUAUCAGCCCUAUCAACUGAAGCCCUGUCGGUGCAGAAGCUUUGGUAUGGUGGAUACCCCAACCAAGCUGCUGGUAUCUUCAUCACUCUUUCGUCGCAGCUCAUUGGAUAUGGUAUUGCUGGUAUGAUGAGGAGUGUGUUGCUAUACCCUACCAAGAUGCUCUACCCUGCGAACCUGCCCAUCACAACUGUGAUGGAGACAUUGCACAAGCCAAAGUCUGAGACGAGGAAGAGGUUCCAAGUUUUCUGGAUUGUUUUCGUAGCUAUCUUCUGCUGGGAAUGGUUCCCCGAAUACAUCUUUCCCCUUCUCUCUGCCGUCUCCAUCUUCUGCCUCGCCGACCGCAAUAACCCCGUUUUCACAAACCUCUUCGGUGGUUCCCAGGGUAACGAGGGAAUGGGAUUCCUGAGCCUGUGCUUUGACUGGAACUACAUCGCUGGCUUUGGCUCACCUCUUUGGAUGCCUCUCCAGACUCUGGUGAACAGCUUCAUCGGAUAUUUCGGCGGUAUUCUCCUUUCGAUUGGCUUAUACUACAGCAACAUCUGGAGAGCCAAGGACUUCCCCUUCAUGGCCCAGCUUCUGUACGAUGGAAGUUCAAACUCGACCAACUACGUUGAGUACAACGAGACUUCGAUCAUGAAACCCGAUUUCACUGUCAACAAUGACGCUAUUGACAAGCAGGGCCUUCCUCAUCUCACAGCUACCUACGUCAACUAUCUCAUCACGUCCAACGCUGGUCUGACCGCCACAUUGGUUCACAUGCUUCUGUGGAACUAUGCUGAAGUCAGUCUCGGAUGGUCCUGGAUUACCAUGAGCACCCUGAAGAAGGCCUUCCGCCCACAGACGUAUAUCUUCUGGCGCCAAAGCGGUUCUCGCAGUGAGGAAGAGAAGACCAAGCUUCGCGACGACCCCACUAUCGAUCCUCAUUACAAGCUGAUGCUCGACUACGACGAGGUUCCUAACAGUUGGUACUUUCUCGUCUUCGCUGCGAGCUUCAUCGUCGGAAUGACUUGUCUGUAUGUGAUGAAGUCGACGUUGCCGUGGUGGGGAUUCAUCCUGGCAGUCAUCUUCUUGGUCGUUUUUCUUGUUUUCUUUGGUGCGCAGUAUGCCAUCACCGGUUUCAACUUUAACUUGCAGCCGAUCUUCCAGAUGUUGGCAGGAUACAUGUUUCCCGGGCGCCCGCUUGCAAACAUGUACUUUACAUCGUACACAUACAAUGCUAUCUCUCAGGGCUUCCUACUUUUGCGAGACCUGAAGCUUGCCCAGCAGAACAAGUUGUCCCCCAAGGCUACAUUUACUACACAAGUAAUUGGCUGUUGUUUGGGCGCUCUUCUCAACUACGUGAUGAUGAUCAGCAUCAUCGAUAACCAAGCACCUACCCUCAAGUCCGCUGAGGGAACCAACAUUUGGUCGGGUGCUCAGAUCCAGCAGUUCAACACCCUCGCUAUCGCAUGGUCCAUCGCUCCCAGGAUGUUCUCUAUUGGCGCUCGCUACCAAUGGGUGACCAUCGCCUUCUUCAUCGGCUUUUUGGCUCCUCUGCCGUUCUACAUCGCGCACCGUUUCUUCCCUCACAUGCGAAUUUGGUCUUACCUCAACACAGCCAUCAUUCUCUGGUACCUUGGCGAGCUCUUCGUCGGACUCAACGCAUCGCUCACCAGCUAUUACAUCCUGGGUGCCUUUGGACAGUUCUACCUUCGACGUUACCGACCUCAAGCAUUUGUCAAGUGGAACUAUCUUAUUUCCGCGGCACUGGACGGUGGUACGCAGGUCAUGGUCUUCAUUGCCACGUUUGCGGUGUUUGGAGGUUCUGGAAAAGCUGUUGCAUUCCCUGAAUGGGCGGGGAAUAGGAUCAACAACUAUGAUUACUGUAAAUUCAAUGCGCAGGGUUAA